AUGGAACCCCCACACCCCCUCGACAUCCCCAAGCUGUCUUGCCUGGACCAGCCUAUUUCGGUUUUCAGCCUGGCCACUAUGGAUGCGGCUGUGCGAAAGAUUGAGGAGGACAAGGCCCUCGAGGAGAAGAGGCUCGCAGCUGCCAUCGCCUACGUCCAAGCGGAGAAGGACAAGAUCGCGGCCAUUGCCAAGUAUGGCAUGUUCAAGCCGAAUGGCGAGCCGGUCCCCCCUCCGAGGUGGCCGUACGAGCGCACGCACGUCGACCGCAGCAAGCCGUGGAUAGAACACCUCUACGACUUGGCGGUCUCGCAGGCGACGCUCCCUCGCCAAGAGCGCUUCGUCUCCUGGGCGGAAGGAACAGGCGUUCUCGUUCUGAGCAAGGCGAGGUUCACGGAGUGGCUGGAGACGAUGUCCUCCAAGUCCAGCAACCCUUGGGACGCCUUCCGCCGCAAUAUCCAGAAAAUGGGCAUCAAGUUUACGCGCGGCAAGAAGGACGACCGUUUCGAGGUCAAGAUGGACCACCCAAAUCUGUCCAACGACCUCGCCUCGGUUCGCAAGAUCCACCGCCCUGUCCAGCGGUCGGACGCGCCCGAUCGCCGCACGGCCAAGACGGUGGACACCGCGCGCAAGGUGCUCGCCCUUCUCCUCGGCGCCAUCAAUGCCGAGAAGGACAAGCACCCGUCCAAGCGCGCCAUCCUGUGGGCUGAGACCCCCCGCACGGUCCGCGUUCACAAGGAGGCGUUCCACAAGCACUUCCUUGGCGGCACCGCGGCGGGCUGGCGAAACUUUGGCAAGGAUGUGCGCCGCUUCGGCUUCGUGAGCGAGGAAGAGCACCGCGGCCCCACCGACAACGGUGGCUGGUGGAGGUGGACGCACUUCCAGUUCGGGCAAGACAGCGACCUGGACGAGGCUGCGGAGGCUGCUGGCCAGUUCGCCACCGACGCUAACCGCUCGGCUCAAACCAACUCGCGCCGGGCUAAGCGUAGGCGCGGCAAGCUGGGCGACGACGAGGACGACGCUGUCAGCGACACUCCCCUCAAGAGUGCUCGCACCAGUGACAACGCCGUUGCUGGCCCCUCCCGAGCCCGACCCUCGUCGUUCCCGUCCGGCGGCAGCGGUGCAGAGCUCAUCGACCUCAGCGACAUGCGGGAAUCCAGGUCGCCAUCUCCCGCCCCGGCUCGUCGCCACUCCACCGCCGUCGCCAGCCCAACGCCGGGCGCGGCGGUGGUUGCCGCUGCCUCGCUCUCCAUCCCCGCCACAGGCUGCACGUGGAACUUCCCGACAUGCACGUACGAGAACCACUUUGACUAUGGCCGCUGCGAACUGCCUCAACUUUGGCGCUACGUGGCCGAGGUCGACGCCGACGUCCCUGGUCUUUACCGCCAGGUCAAUCAGGCUCAAUCCGCCGUAGCCUCUCCCAUCUACAUGGACCACUUUGCGCACAAGUUCAACCAGACGACUGUCUCACAGCCAAGCGUACCUUACCCACCCGUCACCUGCCUGCAGGCGUGGAUUGGAUCUCGCGUCACCAUCGAGUCUCCUGGAGGUCUGGUCUCAUUUGUUCGCACUGUGGAGAACCUUGUCGAGCGAUCAGGUCAACUCCUUAUUCUCAAGCACCUUGUUCUCGCUCCGGGUCUCUUUGAGGGAGUUUCAGCCCUAUGGAACACCCCCAAUGGCCACCGUCAAGACCAUCCUGCUCGCACGGACGUCGACCACGGCAUGGCUCGCCUCCUCGAGCUCCUUUUUUCUCUCGAAACCCUUUGCGUCACAUACACUGCCCCGGGUGAGAGGCCGGGGCUGAGACGGCACGCCGAAUGCCUCAACGUCCAGGUCAUCGGCCAUCACCAUGUCAUUCAUUGCGUACCCCUGGCAAAUUUCGCUCAUCAGGCGGUUGAUUUUUACACCCCGACCAGCCCCACGCGCAGACGUGAGCGCAAUUUCGACAUCUUCAACGUCGAAAUUGCCAGUGACAAUUCGCUGGCGGACGCCAUGGAGGCCAACUGGGAAUACCUCGAGGGCUAUGGCCAAUAUACCGGCAACUCUGUGAUCGAACACCUCAAACAUGACGGAGCUAGUGGCGUUGCCAGGGACGUUGCAUCCUCCUUAACUCCCCGCUUCCCCGUCGAGCUUGACGACGACUUUUCCGUCAAGGUCAUCGAGUACGAGCACCUCCAGAAGCGUGGCGGCUCGUUCGAAGACUUUGCCAACGUUGCAUACGCUCUCCCCCUUCCCCACCCCGAUUAUCAACAUGGGCACGACGGAGAUGACGAAGAUGGUGAACCGCGCGAAGGCGGAAACGACAAUGACCUGCUUCAGCGUGCAGCUCCGUCUGCUCCCUUUGGUGAUGGGCUGCGAGCCGAUGUGAUCGUCUGGACCGAGCACCAUGACCCCCUCAAGCUCCGCGACGCGCCUGGCGGUUUCAACUCACCCGCCUCGUUCGACCUGCGCAAGGUUCGCUUCGCCCCCGUCCCAGCCGAGAACGCGGACGUUCGGACCCGUUUGGCAGACGCACUUGGUCAAGCAAACGCUUUGAUGCACUACCGCCAGGCGUAUGCCGGCGCUGUCGCCGCCAAGCUGGACGGCAUUCCUGCUCGCCCAAUCUCCUACUCUGACACCCACGGAGGUUGCGUUCGCGUGUCCAUUGCGUACCAGGCCUUCCCACUAGACGCGGCGGCCGCAAUCGCCGAGCUAACUGAGCUCAAGAGCAUCAAGCCUUCCCUCGUCCCUAUCACUGUAGACUGCCAAGCUUGUGAGUCGGCUACCUACAGCCACCUGAAUGACCUCACAUACUAUCUUGAAAUGACGCAAAGGCAAUCCCGUCUCUGCAUCUUCCUCCAAGGAUGGUAUGCCCACCGAGACCAGCCCCUCUCUCCUGCCCCCGACUUCCUUGCCGUCAUAUUUGAUGGCGAGGACGCCGACAUCACCACCGCCGACGUCCCUGCGCUCUCUCUCACGAUCCGGGUGGGCGGCAAGUAUGCCAGUGCCGACACCUCUCGCAUGACGCGCGACUUGGUUCCCGCGAGCAACAUUGGGGUAAACGCCAACAUCAACCGCUGGGCACAGCCCAUCAUCUUUGCCAUCUCGCGCUCUGCCGCCUCGUCCCCCCCGUCCGACACUCCCCCAAUCUCGAGGAACGGUAUUCUGGUUUAUCUCAACAAGCUUGCCAGGGGCCUCGAGUCGGCCGUGCGUGCGCGCCAGACGGAGGGCAAGGGCAUUGUCGGUGUCACUCAUCUAGUCGAGGGCGACCUCUGCUGGCAGCGUCGUGGUCGCGAGGGUACCAUUCACGUGCGUGUCGUGGGUUUGGUCUGCGACGAAGCAACUGCCUUUGUGGCACGUAAGACAAGGGAGGGAGAUCACCGCCGUCACCAAGCGACCGUCAGUGACACGUACGAUGUCAUUCAAGAGCAACUCGGCGGCUUGUGGAACAACGGCGGGUGCUGCACGCUGGCGCACCUCCUCUCCUGGCUGGCACAAGACGAGAACGCCGCCAACACUCUCUACUGGACCCUCUGCGUUUUCGUCGAAGGCGAGUGGCUCCCCAUCUCCAGCUGCAUCCACGCCGGCACCAAGAUCUCACCGACGGCCCUCGAGCUCGUGCGUCGCGACCCCGGAUCCUCGCUGGCACUUAAGUCCGUCGCCUUCACCGACUUGAACGCGGGCAGCGCCACCAUGCUUGGCACGGUCAACGUCGCCAACGUUCGUCUGCCGUCGACGACUGCUAGCCCGGUUGCCCCGCUCGCUCCACACAUGGAGGAGGUGGUCAAGAUCCUCUGGGGCCUGCCAAUCCCACCUACAUCUUGGGCAGCCGUCGGCCUCGGUGACAGCUUCCUCGAGUGGGGCAAGCGCCGCGGCAUUCCUACGCUCGAGGCACUCGCCGCCCUCUGGCACCGGGGCAGCGAUUACCGCAGGGAGAACCGUUUGGCCAUUGGGGAGUCGUUCAAACGUGGUGGACAGGCGGUCGUGAGCAACAUCAAGUCCGCUCUCGACGCGCCUUCAACAUACAACGGACCUCCCCCCAAGAGGGCCAGGCGCGGCCGCAUGGUGCCACCCCCUUUCCCAUGGGUCGCUGGUCCCCAGCCCUCGACUUCCACCGAGACAGAGAAAGAAGUUAAGAAGCCCCAGUAA